AAGCGGAAACUUUUGGGACGUUCAAGGAUUAAAAACAGCAAGUUUGAAAAACAAACAAAAGCCAGAACAAUGCGGGGAGUGGACUGGGUCGAAUAUAAGAAGUGUCAGCGUUUUGAGACGAAGUGUAACUACCUUAAAUACAUUGAAAGACAGGAGCCAAGACGUACUGUCAAGUUGGAAAUCUUAAUUCGUAAAAAGCUGAAAUCCACCACCAGGGUCUUUUCCAUGAAGAGGAAGCUGACUUCAUGCCCUAAAGAUGUUAAGCCAAAGAAGAGUAGGCAUAUGGACUUAAAAGAGGCCAAUCAAGAUGUAACAACUAAGAAGAACAGCAAAACAAGGCAAAGGAAUGUGGGACAACAGCAAAGAACUUUGAGCUGGGAUCCUGAUUCUUUUUGUUCGGACAGUAGCAGUUCACUAAAUAGUGAUCUUGAUGGUAUUAGCAAGCACACUCAUGGAACCAAGUAUCUUCUAAAUCUUAAGGCUCAGAAAAGGAGCUGUGCUGUUUUACUGGCCAACAAUAAAGAUGUCCAGGCUGAGGAUAAAGAUGUUCAGGGAUCGGACUCAAGGUUGAAAUCUACUGCUCCCUCACGGACUGGGAAAAUAUCCUUAGCUCCAGGGUCUGAAGCUGAAGACACUUUGAAAUUGCUCCGACUGAACAAUAUGUCUGAAGCAGAGAGAUACCAGCAUUAUAACAGUCAGCUAGAUGGGUCAGUUUCUGAUGAAUCAGUUGUGUCAGGCCCCAGCUCCUCUCCCACGUCCUAUAAUUCCCUGAGAUGCAGAGAUUGCGAGAGACUAUUUUUAAGAGUGAGCAGACAAGGGCCUCCGAAAAUCAGAAAAAGGAAUCACGAUCCAGCUUUACUCUCUUGUGAUCAGUGGUUGCUCAGGAAAACCUGGAAACCACAGAGACGGCAGCAAGUAAGAGGAAAGCUAUGGGUGCAUUUAAGGCGAAUCAGGGAGCGAACUGCAGCGCGUAUAGAUGCUGGCAAGGAAAACACAGCACGGCCAGUCUGCUCUAGACCUCAUGUGUUUUUAAAUAGAAACUUGCGCCGCUGCAGGGAAAUGUCUAUCAUUGUUGGUGGUCUUUCUAAAAGCAAAGUGAAGCCAUGGCAUCACCGGAGACAUCGUGCCAAACCUGAGUGGCCUCCACUCAAUGCAAGACGUCGACGGCAAAUAAAAAAAAAGUCAUCAGAGAAAGACAGUACACAAGAUUUCUCAUACAUUGAUCUUACUGAAGUCCCAGUGGAGAACAAGCUGCCUGCUGACAAUAAUGCUCAACUUAAAGAUUUACAACAGCAUAAAAGCAUUUCCAAAAAACAAUCUGCUAGUGAUGUGAGUGGCUUUCUGGAUGAGCAGGGAAAUUGCAGAGGCCUAGAGGGAACUCGCAGGGUGUUAAAAUUUGAGUCUUCUUUGAGUUCUAUCCCAGUGGAAUCACACAAAUUCAGGCAGAGUCUUGUAAAUAAAAGUGCAGAAGGAAAGAUGUGUGAAAGCCAUGCAGAUUUCACGAAGAACCCAAAGAGUCUCAGCAGGUUUGAUCAUGUGGUGAAUGAGGAAGGAAUGAAGGGGUUUAGAACACCUACAGAUCUCCCCAAUGUAGAGGACAAAAUCAUCAGGAAGAGCAGGCCAUCGAGUACACGCGGUACACAGAAGGACAGCUUCAGAUCCAUGCUGACUGCACUUAAGAAAACUCGCAACCAAAUUAUUAAGGAAUCCCAUUCCUAAGGGGUUUGCAGAUAUGCUACAUCAUCAUCUUUCUUGUUCUGAAUUAUUUGCUCUUAGUCUGAUUUUUCACAGGUGUAAAUGGUUAUAUACUGCCAGCCAGUAGCUGUUUACUCUGAAUGUUUUGAAACCAGGGUUUAAACAGCAUGUAUGUUUGUAGUCCAGACAUGCUCUUUUUUUCACAUUUUUCCAUUCAAAUCAUAAGACAGUUCAAGUUCACUAGUUUUUCAAAACGAACAUCCACAUCUGUGAAAAAUAAACAGAAUUUGCAGUGCCUAUAAAGCAAAGCGCUCGUGCAUCUGGUUCAGACACACCAUCUGCUGCUGUCAAUAACUUUCUUUUUGCAGAUAUUUUUACUUGCUAAAUGUGAUUGACCAACUAACCCUAACCCUAAGUUUCAAGCAAGAUCCGUAACUAAAAAGCAUAUACAAAACUAAAGCAAUCUAACCAAAGCAUAGCUGUUUUUGUGCUUGUACAACUUUGAUAUGAGCUGCACUCGCAUGCAUUGUGUGUUUGCAGGAGCACCGAAUCCUCCUUUACUAGCAGGAAUAAUUUAGGCAUUGUCCAAGCAGCUUAUAGUGGUCAAGUUUACAUAACCAGUGGUGGUUAUAGGAAUGUGUUCAGUGUGAAUACUGUUUUUUGACAGUCAGCAUCCAAAGUCAGUGCCAGUAGUUAGUGUUGCUAAAAAUAUAUUAAUAUUUAUUCUUAUUUGUUUAAACAAAUGUGCGUUAUCAUUUGUCACAGUGUGUAAAUGUUUCCAUUACUAAAAUAGUCUAAAACAAAAUAGUCUAUUACUUUUUCAUGCUCCUUUUAUGUUGGAAAAGAAAAAGAAAUGCAGUUUGUGUUUAACUGAAACUGGUGAAUGCAGUUUCAAAACCGACCACACGGAGGCGUUUUAGCGCAUAACCCGUUUUGUCUCUGGCCGGAUGAUAUAAGAGCAUCCAUAGUUCUUGAUUACUACCUAAGUGCUUGUUUGUUUAUAAGAAAUAUUUUAUGUUCUCUUGUGAUGUUCUAUUAGGCAGUAUUCUGUUCACUAGUUCAAAGUUAGAACACACAACCUUUGGUUAAAAUACAUGAUUGCAGGCAACAUUUUUCUGAAUGAUAGAUGUAGCUUAUGAAAUAAUUAAAGAAUGCAUGUACCAGAUAUACGUACCCAAUAUAGUGCACGGUGAGAACACUGGAACUACACAAAAAGCCAGACUGAUUAAAUGCUAGCCCUAAUUGCAUGGUGCAUAAUACUUAUAGAUAGGAAAUUACUGUACGCAUAUAUUUGCAAUUUUUUUGUACUUCCACUGCGAACACUCGCCAAGCUGUAUAUUCGGUACAUACAUUCAUUGUUUUAUAAACUACACCUAUCAUACAGCUGAGCACACCUGUCUGUGGCUCUGCACAUUGCUCACCACCACUUGUAUCAUUUGGUCAGUUAGUGUGUUAGAUUUAGUUGAAAAAUUGGGGUGACAGUGUACAGAGCAUUAUAUUGACUGCAGUCAGUAAUUGUAUUACUGCAGAGUUUGUCUGUAUGGCAAUAAAAAAAACAAUUAAUGUACAUACCAGAAAGGUGAACCUAAUAAAUGUACACAAUGUC